CAGGCAUUGAAGAUGGAGAAACUAAAGUUCAAUUUUACAGAUUCCCAGAAUGAUUGUGGCCAGGCAGCCAUUAAACUAAGUGCGGAAGGAAGUGCAAUUAUUGCUGAGAUCCAGAGACUAUCAAGGUUUAUUCCCCUUGUAUUCAAAAAUGAAGAAUCCUACGAAAGAAGAGUCUACUCCAAGGUAAUCUUCGACUGUAGCUACAUUGAUAAGGCAGAAGAUUAUGAAGAUGAGAUCCAGAACACUGUUGAGUUGAUCGAACUAGAUGAGAACUUCAGAGAGUCUUACAUAGACAUCAUAGAAAGAUUCUAUCAGCUAUAUACAAGUAUUUAUCUUUACUAUCAGGAUUUUGUCAAGUAUCUGGACAAUAUCAGGGACGGUUUCUUCCUUGAGUAUACUUUUGAAGGCAUUUUGCUAUUGAGAGACGGCAGACAACUAAUGGCUGAGCUUCUGUAUAACUAUGGAGUCAUGUUAAUACUUUUGGAUAGGCUUAUCCCAUCCUACUCAAGAGAAAGGAUCCUGGUCAGCUAUUAUAGAUACAAAGGACAGUCAUCCAUAGAAAAUGUUAAGGAAAUUUUUAAACUCUGUGGUGGUACAGGGUAUUCCCCAGGUUCUGCAUUUCCUAAAGGGUAUCCCAUAAAGUAUUUCGAUAGGUUCUGCUUUGGCCAGUCCCCAUAUAAAGAAUGUGUGGAAAACAUUGUUGAGCAAAUAAAAAGUGAUGAUAUUUACCAAAUGCUGAACUCUUAUUCUUCAGUACAUCACAAAUCUACAGCUUUAGCUCAACAAGGAACCAUGAUUUUCGUCUGCUCCUUUUUCUUACCCACACUUUUAGAGGACGAAGAGACAAAGAUGAGAGAAAUAGUUGAUAAGCACUUCUAUGAUAAUUGGGUUAUCCCUGUAUAUCAAGGAUAUCUAGUGGACAUUACUCAGUACUGGGGUCAGUUUGAAGCCUCCAGAAAAGCCAUUAAGAACAACGUAAACGAGAAGAAGGUUACACAAAUAGCGCUUUAUCAUCAAGACAAAGUCAAGACUCUUAGGAAAGACCUCAGACUUUAUCUAAAGCAAGGUAAAUUAUUAGAUGAGUACGUUCUUGACAACGUUCAGCCCCUCUUGCAAUGUCUACGAGAGUGCAACAUUACCAUCAGAUGGCUUUUAUUACACAGAAAUUGAAGGAGUAAAUCUCUCAGAGAUAUCAUAUUAGCCAAUCACGAGACUGAUGAUAUUAUUGAGCUCCUCCUUGCUACUUCUAAGUUUGAAAAAGAGCUCAAAGAUCUAUUUGAGAACCUGGUUAAAACAAAAAGUCAGGUAUGGGUCAAAGAUAAAGGAGAAUGCGUGUUUUACAUGCAAGAAAUUGCCGAAUACUUCCUGGGAAACAGACAUAUGGGCAAGCAAUGUGUUGAUGAAAACUACUCCAACUGGUUCAAACAGAUUGGAGAGAGAAUAGAAAAUCUCUCUUAUAAACAUUCGACUGUUGCAGGAAGAACUAUCAAGUCUAUCGUUCAGGCUCUAGAUGAUAUUGAAAUUUAUGAGCCUAUUGAAACUAACGUCCAGAUUAAACACUUUAUACAAGAGACUAAGAAAGGUCUUCUCCAUAUGGUCCGUAGCGUGAAUGUGAAAAGAUCGUAUCUAGUAAAUAUUUCUCAUAUAAGCGACUUCUCAUACGCAUGGAACGUAAUUGAUGAUUAUAUGCCGCAAAUCCAGGAAAGAAUCAAAGAAAAGCCUCGUACUGUUCUUCUCAUUAAAACUUUAUUCAAGAAACUUGCAUCUAUCAUGAAUCUCCCUCUAGGAAGAAUGAUGGAGGCUAACAGUGACGAUAUCGAAAAUAUUGCUAUGUACUACUCCUCAGAGCUAGUGAAGUAUGUCAAAAGAGUACUCCAAGUAAUCCCAACUUCAAUAUUCGAAAACCUUGAAGAGAUCUCUAACUUACUAAUUUCUAAAAUACCAGAGCUCCCUGUAAAAAUGUCAAAGGAUGAACUGAAGAAUUACACUGUAUUUGAAGACAGGUAUCAACUAGCGAAGCUAACACACAAAAUCUCUGUAUACACUGAAGGUAUCCUCUGCCUUGAUAAAGCCCUCAUGGGAGUGAUCCAAGUCAAUCCGAAGGAGAUGCUAGUUGAAGGAAUUAGGAAAGAACUAGUUACCAAUGUUUCAAGACUCCUUCACUCUGUCUUUAUCUUCAGCACCAAAGGUGACAAUAACGAGCUUCAGAAAAAGCUAGGCACACUUACUGCAAAGUUUAAAGGUCUAAAGAAGUCAUUCGAAUAUAUCCAAGAUUUUCUCAACAUCCCUGCAGAGCAAAUUUGGAGAGAAGAAGUCUCUAGAAUUUUCAGAUAUAGUCUUGACAAAGAAGGUAUGAAUGUUAUCACCAAGAAGAUGGAAGUGAACAGCCUUGACAUGGGUAUUCCAAUCCCUCAAUAUCCAACUCCAGAGAAUGAUAAAAGCCCUAGUUUCCUUGGAAGAAUGAUGAACCAGCUGGCUAGUAUCUUAUCACCAGAUAAGGUGCUCUAUCUUGACCAAGUCAGUAACUUCUACUCAACAGAGACUGGCAGACAAGUGUUUGGGCUCAGAAAUGUAGUCGCAUUAGAAAAAGAUCUGGGAAUAGUCUAUAUUCAGAGUCUUGAUCAAAUGCUCAGCUACAGAAUAGUCAAUGACUUCAAAGUAUUCAUCAGAGAGUAUGGCCGAAUGAUCGGUGGAGGAGGAAUCACGAAGCAAGAUAGUAUAAAGUCUGGAACUAGAGUUCAAAAUCUUAAGCAUACCUUAAAGACAUUUGAAAGAGGAAUUCCUGACUUCUAUACUGCUACAGAAGCCCAGUAUAAAGGAUAUUCCCUUCUCAUGGAGUCUUUCAAACCAGUGUAUUCUAAGCUUAUAAAUAUACUCUGCUCACAAGGCCAGCUACAACUAGUCCGCCGCAUAGUGCUCAGUCACUUGAAUUUUGUUGCAAAAAUGGAGACCCCAUUCUUCUAUUCCUGUCUGUCAAAUCUAAAUACCUCUACUUUCAACUCCAUGGAAGUCCUUAAGACUAGUGCUCAAGAGAUAAAAGAAGAUAUUAUCGAAGAAGUAGAUGAAGAAUAUGACUCAGAUGACUCUCAAUACGAAGAGAAGAAGAGAAAAUAAUGAAGAGCACCACAGAGAAGAGACCAAGGGGGAGAAGAUCCUUAGAAACCUCCUGAAAGAUCUUGGGGGUAUACUCGAGAGCUCUGGCUUUUUAGAACCCAUUAAUAAGGUCUAUGUCUUGACUAAAGAUCUUGAUUAUAUGGCACUUAAUAUGCUUUUAAUGACUUUGAUAGCUUGUAAUCAUUUACAAUAUGAUUUGAAUGUCAAUUCACUUGUGAGAAAGAACAAGAGCUCAAAUAUAGACGGACCUUGUUUCGUUAUGGGAUUGAUCACGAUAUUCAAGCAGUUCCAUAACUCGCAUUUUAAGAAAUACCUUGUAUACAUGUCACACUACAUAAAAUCCUCAAUUGAAGUCUCAAAAGACAAAGGAUCUCUCCAAAAGCAAGGAUGCUAUCCUGAAGAUGUGACUAUUCUGUUUGGUGUCCUUGAAGAAAUUCUCAGAUUCGGUAAAUACGACAGAGAAGUUAUUAAGCAAGUUAUGGGAGUCAAUUUCCUCUUCGAUAACUUCAAGAGCAUUCCAGGGAGAUCUCAUAAAAAUUAGAUCAUUCAAUAUAAUAAUUGAUAUAAGGGG